UGAAUUGUUUGCAAAAAAGUUCUAAUUUAAAAUAUUACUUAAGUACUAUGAAAGUAACAAAUUUAUCCAAAAGUUUUAAAUAAUUUUAGAAUUUUGAUUAAGCAGAAACUAAAAUUCUGGUCUUUUGACACUCGGCAUACCAGUUGGUUGGCUAGUUGCUGUAGAAAAUGGAUGAUGAUGAAUUUGAUGACAUGGUUGCUAACAGUGAAGAGAUAAGCAGCAUCAUCGAUAAUGGUCUUCCAUCUGAUGGUGAUGACGAUGUCGAAGUGAAUGUUGAAGUACCUCAGGUAUUUCCUUUUCCUUUCCCUCCCUACGAUAUUCAGCUGGCCUUCAUGAGGAAGUUGUACGAAACUAUUGAACUGAAAAAAAUUGGGAUCUUUGAAAGUCCUACAGGCACUGGCAAGUCCCUCAGUCUGAUCUGUGGCUCCCUCUUGUGGCUGAAGCAUCACGAGCAUAGAAGUAUGAAUGAACUGAACAAACUAUUAGAUAAAAGCUCAGACAAAACAAAAACUGGCACAUCAGUAAAGUCGGAAGCAAGUGAAGAUUGGAUAAAUGAGUUGCAAAGAAACAAGAAGAAGUAGCUAGAGCACAAGCACUACUGGAGGAAAAUGAAUCUAGAAAAAAACGUGAAGAAAAGUUGGAAAAAAUAAAGUCUAACAUAAAGCUGGCAAAAAGAAAAAGAGAUGCAUUGAAUGAACAGUUCAAGGAACUCUUCAACAAUUCGAGUGACCUAAAUGUCGUCACUGCACCUGAGUCUGAUGAAGCUGCUGAAGAUGAUGACAUCCUCUUAACUGAUUACGUCAGUGAUGAUGAUAACGAUGUACCAAGCAAAAUUAGAGAUGAUAGUGAUGAUGGAGGGGAUGAUGAUGAUGAUCCAAUGAAAGAUGAUCAUGUCCUCAAGAUAUAUUACUGCAGUCGAACGCACAGCCAGCUGUCCCAAUUCAUACACGAAGUACAGAACAGUCCUUACGCUGACGAGAUCAGGCUGACGACGCUUGGUUCACGUUCGAAUCUAUGUAUCAACAAUGUGGUCAAACGGCUUGGAUCCCUAUCACUUAUCAAUGAAAAGUGCAUCGAUAUGCAGAAGAAUGCAAAGACCAAAUCAAGUGAGCCAUCAAAGAAGAGGACCAGACAGCAAAAUAGCACGUGUCCCUUCUACAAGCUUGAUGGUAUUGCUGAGUUGAGAGAUAGGCUGCUGGUUGAAGUGAAAGACAUUGAGGACUUAGUUGUUACGGGCAAACAGUCAAAGUCAUGUCCAUAUUAUGCUUCAAGGAGAGCCGUUCCUUCUGCUCGGUUGGUCGUCUUGCCUUACAACACACUGCUGCACAAGUGGACUCGUGAAUCUUCGGGCAUCGUACUUGACAACAACAUCGUAAUAAUUGAUGAAGGACACAAUCUCAUAGAUUCCAUAAGCCAAAUGCACAGCAUUGAACUGUCUGGUUUGCAGUUAUGCUCGACGCACAGUCAUCUUAUGCAAUAUUUGGAAAGAUACAAAAACAAACUGAAAGCAAAGAAUGUCCUUUAUAUCGACCAGCUCAUCUUCAUCAUCAACAGCUUCAUUAAAGUUUUUGGAGGUUUUAAAUAUUGUUCACCAAAUAUUCCCAAGAUAAUGACGCUCUAUGAUUUCUUAUUCCAUUGUCGUUUAGACAACAUGAACCUUUUCAAAAUACGGAGAUAUUGUCACAAAAGUCUUAUUGCAAAAAAGCUGCACGGUUUCACACAGAGAUCACUCUCUUCCCUUAAUCCUCGAGAAAAAGGUGCAACUGCUUGGGCCCUAUCGAACUUUCUUCCAGAGAUUCAACAGCAGAACGCUUUAAAACAGAAGAAAACCAUCGACGAAAAUUAUGAAGAAUUUGGUAGGGAAGGUGCAAUCUCUCCCUCACUUAAUCAGAUUGUAAAUUUCCUUGAAGCUCUCACAAAUGCAGAUAAGGAUGGCAGGGUGCUCAUUACUAACAAAGGUAACAUCAACCAAUCAAGCAUUAAGUUUCUCAUGCUGAAUCCAUCAAUCCACUUCAAAGAAGUCGUUGAGAAGGCUCGUGCGGUCAUUAUCGCCGGAGGCACCAUGCAUCCCAUUUCAGAUUUCAAAGAACAAUUGCUUCUCUCAAUCGGUGUAAAGCCAAACAAAAUUGUCGAAUACACUUGUGACCACAUUAUAUCACGUGAUCAUCUGCUCACCAUCACCAUGGCCCAUGGACCGUCUGGUCAUCAUCUUGACUUCACUUACAACAACAGAGGCUCAACUGAUACAAUAAAAGAAUUGGGUCGAGUUGUGUACAAUGCCUGCUACGUGGUUCCAGCUGGUGUCGUCUGUUUCUUCUCAUCGUUCGAAUACAUGACUCAAGUGUUGGACUGCUGGAGGACUAAUGGAUUUAUUGAGAAAAUUGAAGCCAGAAAAAUGAUUUAUAAAGAGCCAAAGAAAGCAAGUGAAGUGGAGAAAGUUUUGGAGGAAUACUCAAGCUUUAUAAACAGAUGUCAAUCACAACCAACAACUGCCAGGGCAGCCAGCUUUCAAGCAUCGAAUGAACCAAUGGUAAAAGAUGGGGCUAUUAUGUUCUGUGUGGUAGGUGGAAAAAUGAGCGAGGGCAUAAACUUUUCUGAUAACAUGGGGAGGUGUGUUAUAAUGGUGGGUCUUCCGUACCCCAACCCAAAUUCUGUCGAAUUGAAAGAAAAAAUGGAUUACCUCAACAGCAAUCAGAAUUCGUCAAAGGCUGGUAAGCCAUCAGGGCAGGCAUAUUACGAAAGUAUUUGCAUGAAAGCCAUCAAUCAAAGCAUUGGUAGGGCCAUACGGCACAAGAAUGACUAUGCCUGCAUCUUAUUGCUAGAUCACCGAUUCGCUGCAAAAUCUGUUCUUUCCAAACUGCCUGCCUGGAUUCAGGGAUGUGUUCAAGUUCAUGAUAGAUUCGGACCGGCAUUAGCCAGCUUGAAAAAAUUUUUCUACAACAAAAAAAGUGAGCAACCCGACCAGCCGCAUAGAGCUUCAAUCACGUGAACCAUUCCGACUAAGUUUACAUUGGAUAUCUUUUUGACAGCAUCAAGCUCAAACUUAAUUUUUUACUUAUCUUUAAAAGUCUUUAAAAGCUUCUAAAACAACUUAAUUGUGAAAUGUACCAAACACUUUAUUUUUUGUUGCAACACAUCGCUUUAAAUACAAAAAUGAUGUAAAAUAAAAAUAAUAAAAUAAACAUUAUGGAUAACAGGAAAAAUCAAAUAAUUUUUUUAGAAAAUUUAUUAUGCAGGACAUUCAACUUGCUUCAGUCUGAAAAUAAAUUCUAA